AUGUCUCUGGGAAUGGCGAUGCGGGGCACACAUCCAGGAGCUGGAUAUAUGCACUGGGGCCCGCCAUCAGGUGGAGCCACUCUUGUACAUAAUAGGCUCCUACAUGAUGUCACGGGCCAACCCUACGCAGAUCUACAUGCAGCUUUCGCUCCAACGGUGGAUACGAAAUACCACCGCUUCUUGCCAGUCUCGUGGCUUGAGCAAGACACAACCACACCAAGGUCAGAUCCAAGCCAUUCCCAGUCCUCUUGGAUUAGAAGAGUUACCAAGAGUCUCAUAUCACGGGGCGGAGGACGGGAGAUCGAAAAUAAAGCAACACAGUCGCGCCGUAACAUGCGCGGUGAGUCGCUUCGACGGGGGAGCUGGGGUCGCGUGACACAGUUCUUUCGUCCCAGAUUACCCGCAUUGGGUGCGCAAGUGGCCAGGAGGUUCAGAUCGUUGUUUUCAUGCCAAAACUGCUUUUCGUACACCAUAGGACAACUCAGUCCGUCGCCUGUAGUCGGUGUGUCGUUCCGCCCUAGAGAACCUGGAGACGCCAUAAUCAAGCAGCUCCUAUUAUCUUUGGCAUCGGACCUCGGCGUGUUUGACUCUGCCCCUUACACGACCUUCGACAAAGCUUUAUCAGAAGCAUACUGGCCUGCAGGCCAGUCGUUGACGCUCAAAUCCGGUUGGAGUGGAACUAGCCGGACGCUGUUGCGGGCUCGAAUAUUAGGUAAAGGAGGCUUCGGACUUGUAUACUUGGUGAAAGACGUAUACACUGGAAAGGAAUUUGCUUUGAAGACAUACAUCUUUGGCACCGCACCCACUGAUCAAACUAGCCAAAUUGUGAAGGAAGAGGCAAUAUCCUCUCGGGCACUCUUGACGGCCAGGACAGCGGAUGAAGCCCAGGAACGCUUGAGGUUGAUGGUCGCGAGCGAUAUGCUGAGGAUCCCAAGACAAUCCAGACAGAGAAUGGUCACUGACGGCCCCAGGACAAAGUGGGUCUUGAACUCCUUUCUCCUUUUGCCUCGCGCGGAAGCCGACUUAUCUGCCAUUCUAGGAGUGAUCACACGCAGCGCAUUAAUAAAUGAAAGCAGCCUCGCUCGCUUCGCUCGCUGGCACCUAACCGCUCACGUAAUCAAGCUGGCAGCCAUUCUCCAACAGCAACAGAUCGUACACUGCGAUAUCAAGCCGGAAAAUUUAUUCGUCAUGGCCGACGGUCGCGUAUUAUUGGGGGACUUCGGAUCAUCACACAAGUGGGGGGAAACAGGCGAAGCGCUCUUCACGAAACCCUACACACCGCCUGAGGCGGCACGCCGUGCUACAGCGUUAACAUAUAACUACACAAUUGACUCGUGGCAGGUGGGUUUGGUACUGUGUGAAGUCUGGUGCAACAAGCGACCGCUCCCGCAGACCGAGGGCGCCCUGGAGUCCAUCACGUGUUCAGUCCCUGCGCCUGUGCGAAAGCUCAUUCACGAUUUCCUGCGCAUCUCACCCGAUGAUAGACUCCUUGCCCUACACGCGAUGCAGAGUCCAGAAUUCGCGGAGAUCGAUGCGCACGUAACCGCUGGGAUACAGCACCUCGGGUUGACGACCCCUUCACCUUGGUCAUAG